AUGGAUGCGAUUGAAGAAUUGCAGGGCCGACCGACUGAAUCAGGCGGGAGAAACGAUGGAGCGCUACGUGUGGACGCCGAGUCAUUGACAAGCGAUCUCGACGACGAAACUAUAAAGGGCUUGUCCAAAGAGGACCUGUUACGCUUAGCGCUUUCUCAGAGACAAUGUAUUGAGGACUUCAAAAAAGCGGCGCACGGAAGCACGAAGUGUGGAACCUCUCCGGCUGGUCCAGAGGACAAACCGUCCGAUUUAAGAUAUCCGAAAGCCAAGCGCCGGAAAAAUCGAAUGAGUUUCGAUUUCUCGAGGUUCAAACUUCGACACGUAGCGCUCAAGUUCCUGUACCUCGGUUGGGACUAUAAGGGAUUCGUUGUCCAAGACGACACCGAUCGAACGAUUGAAGCCGUGAUAUUCGAAGCCCUCUACCGAACGAAGUUGGUAAGGGAUAGGGAGACCUCGAACUAUCAUAGGUGUGGCCGCACAGAUAAAGGAGUGUCAGCGUUCAGCCAAGUAAUCACAUUGGAUCUCCGAAGUAAUUUGGAGGACGGAGUUGGAGUUGUGACUCCACCCGACUACCGCGCGGGCCGGACUCAGAUAUCCGGAGAAGAGAUCGAUUACGUGAAGAUUCUCAAUCGAGUUCUACCGGCAGAAAUCAGGAUGAUCGCUUGGUCACCAGUGGAUCCGAGACUAUCGGCUAGAUUCGAUUGUCGAAUGCGCAGCUACCGGUAUUUCUUUCCGCGAGGGCGAUUGAAAGUUGAAUCCAUGAGAGAGGCCUCUCGGUUGCUCGAAGGUGAAAACGACUUCCGGAACCUCUGCAAGAUGGACGUCGGGAACGGAGUCACCCAAUUCCGUCGGAGAGUGGAAAAAUGUUGGAUCGAAGCUCCUGAUGGGAGUGAAGCUGCGGACAUGUGCUGCUUCGUCAUUAGGAGCAAUGCUUUCCUCUGGCAUCAGAUCAGAUGCAUCGUCGCUGUUCUCUUACUGGUUGGCGAAGGCAAAGAAUCGCCAUCUAUAGUGAGCGAUCUACUCGACGUGGGGAAGAAUCCGAGGAAACCGCAGUAUUCGAUGGCUUCAGAGGUCGCGCUCUGCCUCUACGAUUCUGAAUACGACUCAUUCGAAUGGAUAUAUUGUCACGAGGUGCUGAAUUCUGUGAUCGACGGUCUCAUUCGACUGUGGAGCCUUCAUUCCAUCAAGGUCGCCAUGAUAUCCUCGAUGGUGAAGGAUCUUUGCUCCAUUUCGAAAUACGAUCCUCGAAAUCAUGCCGAUUGCUUAUCCCCGGGACCUCGAUCGAGAACUCAUAAACCCCUCCUCGAAAGAGAGACCUGCGACAGUCUAGAAUCCCGAAUCGAGUAUUAUGCGAAGAAACGGAGUCAAGAAUAA